UAGGCCCUAAUAACUUAGACGCCAUAUUGGAUUUGUAAUAGAAAGGCUGGGUUCAUGAGAUUAUCUACAAUAACUUAGAUUAUUCAUGUUUUCAAAAUAAUAGGACAUUAAAUGCAGAUAUGAGUUGGGGAAUAGAGUUGUGGGAUCAGUAUGACACCAUAGCCUCUCAUACACAGAAGGGCAUUGAUUUCUGUGAGCGAUUCACCCACUUCCUAAAGGACAGAUGUGCCAUUGAACUCAAAUAUGCCAGUGAACUCAAAAAACUAGUCAAAAAUUAUCAGCCAAAAAAGAAAGAAGAGGAAGAGUACCAACAGUACUCAUGGGCAGUGAAGUUCUGGGAGGUGCUAAAGGAGCUACACGACCUGGCUGGUCAGCAUGAGGUCAUUGCAGAAAACACACAGGGGCAGGUCAUCAAAGACGUGCAGAUACUUAUUGGGGAGAUGAAGCAACAGAGGAGAAAAGAUUUACAAGAUGGUGCCAAAGUACAAGAUACACUCAAAGACUCCCUAGCAAAGUUAGAUAAAAGUCGAAAAAAUUAUGAAAAGGCCUUCAAGAUGGCAGAAAAAGCCACAGAUGACUACAGAAAAGCAGAUGCAGACAUCAACUUGUCACGAGCAGAAGUGGAGAAGACUAGAAACCAGAUGAUGAUAAAGAACAACCAGUGUGACGAGAGCAAAAACGAGUAUGCUGCUCAGCUACAACAAACCAACCAGCACCAGAGAGAUCACUACACACAACAGAUGCCUGCAGUAUUUCAGCAAAUGCAAAGUAUGGAGGAGAAUAGGAUCAAUAAGAUUAAGUCCAUGGUGAGGCAAGUAGCAGACAUAGAACGGAGCGUCAUACCCAUCAUCAAUACAUGUAUAGACGGAAUGGUCAAAGCCUCCGACGGAAUCAGUGCAGAGGAGGAUUCUAAAGCAGUGAUAGACAAAUUUAAAUCCGGUUUCCCCAUACCAGAGGACAUUCCUUUUGAGGACCUGAGCAAUGCCUCGGUCAUUGACACAUCCAACGCCAACGGAACCCCCAAAAACUCACUGGACAGCCGCAAAGGCACAGUGUCCGACAAGAAGAGGAAUAAAAAGGACAAAAAAGGGGGAGGAGGGUUAUUUGGAAUAUUUUCAUCAUCAAAGUCUGGAAGAAUUCGGAAAAUAAAAUGUUUGUCAUGUCCAAUCAUAGGAUUGUUGGGCGAGGAAUCAAAAGAGGAUUUUAGCGAUCUUCCACCAAAUCAACAAAGAAAAGCUCUCAACAAGAAAAUUGAGGAAUUUAAAAAAGAGAUUGCAAGAGAGACAGCUGAAAGGGAAGGGAUGCUGAAGAUGAAAGAUGUCUACGUAAAUAAUCCAGCUCUAGGAGACCCUAAUGCAUUAGAAAAGAAGAUAGAGGAAAAUGCUUUGAAGAUAGACAGUUUACAAGCUGAAAUGAGAAAAUUCCAAGGAUAUCUUGCCAACAUGGAUGGCAAACCAUCCCCAGCUGGACAGAGGAGAAGCAGUUUAUCUGACGACUCAAUAUCGCAGAGCAGUACAAACAUGGAGAUGAGCCAGACGUCCAUACCGGGACAACCACAGAUAGUGCCCAAUGAACCAGAAGUCUACACUGAGGAUUGGCCAGAGCCUCCAAGUGAUGAGGAGUUUGAGGAGGAACGAGCUGUAGAAUUAAGGAAGAAGGAAGAUAAGAAAGCUAUAGAUGAUGAGGAUGGGGAUCACGUUGGAGAGUUUGACCAUCCUGAGGGGGAUUUUGAUGAAGAGGGUUACCCGGUCAUUGGAACUUGUCGGGCACUUUAUCCUUAUGAAGCUGGAAAUGAAGGAUCGGUGGCUAUGGGUGAGGGAGAAGAAAUGUUUGUCCUUGAACAAGACCAAGGCGAUGGGUGGACGCGGGUUCGCAAACAUGACAAUUCGGAGGGCUUUGUUCCCACCUCUUACAUCCAGUGUCAUUUCUAUGAUCAGGACGAGGUCUAAUGACAAGACAGGAGAGCGGCCUGCAAGGCCUCUUGAUUUGUGCAAUGUAGUGCAGGGACUAUCCUGCUCUUCUCAUCCUACUUCAUCUGCUGUUUGGUCAGAUGGAGACUUCUCAGCAACUCUUUGCUGGGAGGGGGGUUAAAUCAAACUUACUUGUAAGGGGGACAGAAGAGAACUCCGAAUCUCCAAAAGUCUCCUGUGCUUCUUUUUAUAAUGAGGAAACUUUCUUGUAAGGGAUCUUAUGACACUGUGGAGUGAUUAUAGUGGAAAGGAAAUACAACUAACAGAAACUGGAAAAUGUUUAUUGAUUGUAUCAGAGAAGUGUAUUGAACCAUAUUCACCCUAAUGCCAAACCGCUUGACAGAAAUUCAGAUAUACUGUAAGGAGAAAGGAAAGGGGGGGGGGGGGGGUAUAUAGAUAAGCAUGUAAAUAUCUUUAUGUUCAUAUAUCAAUAUAUGAUGUUAUUCUUUUCAAUUGGGGAAAGGUAUAGAGGGUUAACCAUCUGUUGGGGUGAAUAUAUUAUUAUGUACUUGAGAUAUGAAUAUAGCUGGAUAGUUAUGAUAUCAUAAGUUGUAUUAUGAUGUAAAUACCUAUAUAAACCCUUUGAAAAUGAAAGUUAAAUGCUCAGCUUUUGUACAUGUGUAAAUUGACCCUUCUCUUUGUUUUUUGUUUAGUGAGCUAGAUAUUUUAUCCAUUAGAUGCUGAUAGUCAGAUGAUGACAGAACUAUUUAACACAGUAUGACUGUUUUUUGUAGAAACAAAAUACCAUGGUUUUUUUUAAAGAAUAUUCAGGUUUCACAUAUUCUGCUGUGUUCAUGAUUUUGGUCUACCUUACUGUGAUUUUUUUUUUCUUCACUGUCUUGCACCUGUCUACUUUCACUUUCUCUUUGUGAUCAUUUAUAGCAGCCUAUUUUUUGUUACUGUUUUCAACAAUGUUGCUGCUUGUUUAUCUGGAUGUGGAUGUUUAUGUGAGUGUUUGUGUGUGUGCAAUGCUUUAAAAAUGCAUUCAAUGUCUUAAAUUUAAGAAUAUCACUGCAAUAUUUGUCAUCCAUUUAUGUAAAACGUGUACAUGUAUGUGUACAAAGACAUCCAAAAUUUGCAAAAUCCAUACCACUAACAAGUGGAAGACUGGUGUGUACUGUAGUGUGAAAAGGUUGAAUUUAAGAUACAAAGGUUGGUGAAUUGGCAUAUAGAAAGUGAGCCUGUUGUUAUAGCAGACUCUCCAGUAUUAACAAGUGCCUGUUGCCGGACUGCUGAGGAAUUCUUAUACCCAGUGAAGUAUACGAUCACUAGAACACUAACGUUAGAUAAACACCAUUUAAUGAACAAUUUACGAUUUAAUUCAUGAACACUAGUUUAAUAAACUCAUUUACUUCUUUUAUUCUUUUUAAUAAAAUGUAUAUUUGGUUUUUUUUAAGGGGGGAGGGGUGGGGUUUAUUUUUUUUACUAGUACAUAUGUGAUGUAUAGAAGGGUUCAAGUGUAUGAUUAAAGACAAUUUGGUGCAAUGUGUCUCUUAUUUUUAACAAUAACUAACAAUAUUUUUUAUUAUUCAGUCUACCAUCCUCUUUCCUCAUCCUUGUGAAUUGUAUUGUAAAACUUACAACAGUAUCACUCUAAUUUAUUAUUUUUUUUAUUGAAUGAGAGUAUUUUUUUUUUUCAUAGUGGAGUCAUGUAAUUUGUUUAUUUUCUGUUAUUGCAAAGAAUACAGUUAUAAAUACUAGUUUGAGAGGUAAUACUAUUUUGUAUUUUAUGUACACAGAUUUAAAAAAACAUACUGAAAGAUUAUUUAUCAAGUGAAUUUGUAUGACUAGAUGUCUGUAUCAGAAUGCUGUGGAUAUUAUAUAUGCAGACUGAUAUGACUCCGUAAAGAAAACACCUUGCCUUCAUUCAUCAACCUUUUACCAUUAUCUCAUCAUCAAUGUAUAUGUGUUUGAUUAAUGCCAGGCUAUACUUAAAGUAAAUUAUGAGAUGUACAUUGUAUAUUUACCAAUAGUAUUUACUAUUGAGAAAGCUGAUUAUUGACUCAGCAUUUUAUUUUUUAAUUUAAUUUUGCAGCUAGCAUGAUUUUUUAAUGCAAAGAAACCUCUGUAUUCAGCCAGAGAAAGAAAUAUUGACAAAACUUUUUUUUUCAUUACUGAAAUGUUGAAUAUAUACAUGAUAAUAUUUCCCAAUGAUUUUUCCUCAGUCUUGAGAAAUUAAAGAUAUCUCAUGAUUGUUAAUAAACUAGAGGUUAUAAUGGUAUUAUGUAAACAGACUUAUUUUACCGCUCUUUUGUCAUAUAUUUUUGUUAUAUAUAAAUUCAAACAUCAGCAUUUCAGUAUAGUUUCCAAUGCAAAUAAUAUUCUAUGAAUUUAAGAGGAAUUCAUUGAACCAUUGUUUUUUUUCUCACAAAAUGAAAUCACAUGUUUUUUCAUGCUGUGUUCUUCCUCUAGGUGCUUAUCUGGAUGGAUGACAUUAAUUGUAUAGUAUAUCUAACUAUUUAAAUAACAAACCUUUGCAUUAAAGUAUGAAUUCAAACUGUAAUGCAACCGCAAUCAACCAUUAAAAUACAAUGAAAAUAUCA